UGCUCAGGGAAACCACAAGUUGCAGGAGCACAAACAAACAGAACGAGGACACAUUCUCAUGUUCAGCACACUACUUGAUUUAUAAUAACCAAAGUAAGAAUUAUGCAUUCUUACUUGUUAUUGUGCAAAUCUAGUUGAAAACUAUGAUCAGAGGACCCAGGCCCUACUGUCUGAGAUGGAACUGUUUAGGAUGGCCGUAGUUCUGCCAGUUCUGAUGCUCUUUCAAGACAUAUGUCACCCUUUCAGGUUAUCCCAGCACUGCUCUGGGGUGGUGGAGGUUCUCUAUCAGGGGGUGUGGAGGCCAGUGAUGUUUGACAAUGCAUCUGCAGAGUGGACGAAUGCGGUAAACAACAUAUGUGCCAACCAGAGUUGCGGGGCAGUAUAUACGUUUGGACAUAAUGGCAAUGCUACUUUAAAUUACAACAGCUCAACGUGUCUCAGCCAGUGUGUGUACAGUGACUUACUGGUGGAAAACUGUACUGAGCUCUCACACACCGAGUGCUCAAACCUGACUGAGAUAACCUGUGGGCACCAGUUGGUGCGAUUGGUUGGAGGAGCAGGUCACUGUGAAGGACGAGUGGAGUUGUGGAAAGAGGGGCACUGGGGAACGGUGUGCGACGAUAGUUGGGACUUGAAAGAUGGGAGCGUGGUCUGUGCCCAACUAGACUGUGGCCCUGCCCUAAAUGUGAGCGGGGAGGGUUGGUCCUUUAAAGCAGGUACUGGUCUGAUUUUCCUAGAUGAGGUGAACUGUAAUGGAAGUGAAAGGAACCUAUGGGAGUGUCCCUCCCAGGGGAUACCCAACGACUGUGGACACAAAGAAGACGCCGCAGUGGUUUGUUCAGGUUUUCAGGUAAACCAAACAGGCAUUGAGAACACCCAGGUUUCAACCACAGGUUCAGUUCCAAAUGUCACCAGUAAAGAGAGCCUGUCCUCUCCAAUCUCAGCAGCGGUGUGGGGCUGCAUUGCUCUGUCUACAGCCCUCCUACUCACACUCCUCUCCAAUGCUCUACUCUUUCAGUCUUAUAAAGGGAGAGCUGCUCUUGUGGUAUACCAAAGCCAAGACAGCCAACUUCUGUCCAUCCAGUCCCAACCCACUCAACGAGACGAAGGGGUCAACCUCCUCACAGUCACCACAGAAACAGGUGUUCACAAGAGUUCGCUAAAGUCAGCCAGCAUCUCUUCUGGGGAAUGUUAUGAGGACAUUGAGACACUCGACAAUGAAUUGCUAUUCUCUGGUCCAACAGAACCGUUCCUUCCAGACUGUGUACGAAAACAGUCCUUGGGGUCGAGUAGCACAUCAUCUGGAGAGUGCUACGAGAACCUGACAUUAGCCGACGAAGAAAAUCUACAUUCAGCAAACCCCUAUCAAUCAUCCCCUGUGCAGUCAACUAGUACACACCAGGAUCAGCAACAGCCAGAAGACAGCUGCUGCCACCAAUUGAGGAAUCAAAAUCAAGUGAGUUCGCUGAAGUCAGCCAGCAUCUCUUCAGGGGAAUGUUAUGAAAACAUUGAGACACUCGACAAUGAAUUGCUACUUUCUGGUCCAUCAGAACCGUUCCUUCCAGACUGUGUACGAAAACAGUCCUUGGGGUCGAGUAGCACAUCAUCUGGAGAGUGCUACGAGAACCUGACAUUAGCCGACGAAGAAAAUCUACAUUCAGCGAACCCCUAUCAAUCAUCCCCUGUUCAAUCAACCAGUACACACCAGGAUCAGCAACAGCCAGAAGACAGCUGCUGCCACCAACUGAGCAAUCAAAGUCAAGAUGAUUCAAGCAGCUCAUCCUCUUCUGAGCUUUAUGAAAACAUUGAAGUCAACAACGAAGAAGAUGUGUGUGCUGCUACCGUGAAAGAAGACCCAGACCAGUCCCUUUCCGACAGUGACUACGAUGACAUUACAACUUACUAGCAUUUCUUGACUGCAGUGUAGUGGGACCUAUGAAACUAAGAAAAGCACUGUAUUGCUAACUUUGAAGAAAAAACAGCAUCAAAUAGACAAACGGUCACUUGAUGACUAAAGAUGACAGGCACCACUCAAAGCAAGGCAAUGCAAUUAUUUUAAUUUUGAAAUAGUCUUAAAGAUUAGAAAAACCUGAUAUGAAUCACCUACUGCAGUUCCAAUUAUAUCCUUAUGAGCCAUAAGACAAAGGUUAUAUACAAGGAGCUGACCUUAUCUACAUUCUAAAUCUAAAUCUUUCUAUGAAAAAACAAUUUAUGAAUGAUUUAUGAAGAUGAAAUGUUGCUAAAAGCACAUUUAAAUUCUUAAGGUGUGAUUCAGUAGAGUAAAUUAAUUAAUUAAUGCAUCAAAAUAAUAAAAAUUUAACACAUUU